GAGUCCAGGUCUGUGGUGAAAGAGCGAGAUAGAGACCUCUUUAUAGGUGAAAGGAUUGCCCAGGGCCACAGCGCCCAGAAUCUGAAGGAGAGCAGCAGUUAUCCAGGCAGGACUAAAGAUCAGGAUGGAGAAGGAAGAUCUGAAGAUUGUCAACAAGGGUUUAGAGGAUGAAAUGGAGCUGAGCGGGUAUCGGCUGUGCCGAUGGAAGCUGGUUCUGGUGGGUUUGGGUGGUCUCUGUACAGGAGGUUUUCUCUUCCUGCUGCUCUAUUGGAUGCCUGAAUGGUGUGUGAAGGCCACCUGCACACGGACCACCGUCAGAGACGCAGACGUCGCCCUCUUACGAAGCACUGAUGAGUUCAAACGCUGGUUUCGAGCCAGGAUUCGGAUAAUGCUGGCCCCUGGGAAAGACCCUUAUGACAACCAGGCCUCUCAAACCGCCUCCCCUCAGGCCAGUGACCACACCCACAACCCCUCUGACUCCGCCCCUGGGAAAAUCACCAGGAAUCCAGAGGACCAGCAUGUGCCGACACGUUAUUUUACCCUACACAGCACUAAAUACUUUUGGAACGACUCCAUCCAGAACUUUGAAGUAUUGACAGGCCUGGAAGAUAUGAGCAUGACCUGCUCAUCCGUUCACUCAAAGCACAGCGCCGGGCUCAACAAAAACCAGCAGGAGUACAGGAGAUUUUUUUUCGGACUCAAUGAAAUAGACGUGAAAGUGCCUUCUCUUUUCAAGCUGCUAAUUAAAGAGGUCCUCAAUCCUUUCUACAUCUUCCAGCUCUUCAGUGUUAUCCUGUGGUGUAGUGAUGAAUACUAUUACUACGCAAUGGCCAUAAUUUUCAUGUCCGUCAUAUCAAUAGCUACCUCUCUCUAUACUAUUAGAAAGCAAUAUGUAAUGCUACACGACAUGGUGGCAGCACACAGUACUGUUCGAGUUACAGUCUACAGGGGCGAAAAUGAAACCGAGGAAGCCCUGUCCACAGACUUGGUCCCUGGCGAUGUCAUCGUCAUCCCCAGCAACGGGACCAUCAUGCCCUGUGAUGCAGUGCUCGUCUGUGGAACCUGCAUUGUUAAUGAGAGCAUGCUUACAGGUGAGAGUGUUCCAGUUACAAAGACUGACCUUCCAAACCCUCAACGGGACAAGAAGGGUGGGGAUGGAGACGCCAUUUACAGCACAGAGGAACACAAGAGACACACACUCUUCUGUGGCACAAACGUCAUACAGACCCGCUACUACACGGGAGAAAUGGUCAAAGCUGUGGUGGUCCGGACAGGUUUUAGCACUGCUAAAGGGCAGCUGAUCAGCUCUAUCCUGUACCCAAAACCCACAGAUUUUAAGCUGUACCGGGAUGCCUACCUGUUCCUGCUGUGUUUGGUGGCCAUUGCCAGCAUCGUCUUUUUCUAUUCUUUGGUCAUGAAAAUCAUAAAUCAGGAACCAGUAAAGGAAAUCAUAGUCAAGUCUCUGGACAUCAUUACUAUCACAGUGCCCCCUGCACUGCCGGCAGCCAUGACAGCGGGCAUCGUCUAUGCUCAGCGGCGCCUCAAGAAAGUGGGGAUAUUCUCCAUCAGCCCACAAAGAAUCAACAUCUGUGGGCAGCUGAACCUGGUGUGCUUUGACAAGACGGGCACCCUCACAGAAGAUGGCUUGGACAUGUGGGGAAUUCAACGAGCAGAAGAUGGCAGAUUCCAGCAUUCAGAAGAAAAAGCAGAUGAUAAGAGCUUAGUAACAACCAAGUUUGUGUCCUGCAUGGCCACCUGUCACUCCCUCACCAAGAUUGAGGGUCAGCUCUCUGGAGAUCCACUAGACCUCAAGAUGUUCGAGGCCAUAGGCUGGACUUUGGUGGAAGCUACAGAAGAGGAGACGGCUCACCAUGACCGCAUUGAACUCACUUACGUAAAACCACCCAGUCAGCUUCUGCCGCCUUCAGUCACAUCACCUGAACAGGACCUGGAACUCUCUGAACUCUAUGAGCUCUCGGCGUCAUAUAUGAUUGGUAUCGUGCGGCAGUUCUCCUUCUCCUCUGCUCUGCAGAGAAUGAGCGUGGUUGUCCGACAGAUCGGAGAGAGACGGAUGGACGCCUAUCUGAAAGGAGCUCCAGAGGUCGUGGCAAGCCUGUGUAAGAAAGAAACAGUACCAGAAGAUUUUGCAGAGGUUCUGGAGGACUACACCAAACAGGGCUUCCGGGUCAUCGCGCUGGCACACAGACGGCUGGAAUCCAAACUUACAUUUCAUAAAGUGCAGAACAUUAACCGGGAUCAAAUUGAGAAAAAUAUGGAUUUUCUGGGUUUGAUCAUCAUGCAGAACAAGCUGAAAACGGAAACUCCAGGUGUGCUGGAAGAUCUACGACGUGCCAACAUACGUACCGUUAUGGUCACAGGUGACAACAUGCUGACGGCCAUCUCCGUGGCACGAGACUGCGGCAUGAUUCAGCCACAAGACCGAGUCAUUAUUGCAGAUGCUCUGCCCCCUAAAGACGGCCAGGCUGCUAAGAUCACCUGGCACUACGCCGACAAACCCAGCAAACUCUCGAACAAGCCCACCAAACUAGAGGAGAUGGAGAUUAUUAUGGAAGACGGGAAUUCUGUGGAUGAGAUGAAACCUCAGGAACAGUAUCACUUUGCCAUGAGCGGCAAAUCAUUUGCUGUGAUUACUGAACAUUUCCAGGACCUGCUCCAGAAGCUGGUGCUUCAUGGAACCGUGUUUGCAAGGAUGGCCCCCGACCAGAAGACUCAGCUUGUUGAGACAUUAGAAAGUGUAGACUAUUUUGUUGGAAUGUGUGGAGAUGGAGCGAACGACUGUGGGGCACUGAAGAGAGCUCAUGCUGGGAUCUCUCUAUCAGAGCUGGAGGCUUCAGUGGCUUCUCCAUUUACCUCCACGACUCCCAGCAUCACCUGCGUGCCCAAUCUGAUCAGGGAGGGCAGAGCGGCUCUCAUCACUUCCUUCUGUGUGUUUAAGUUCAUGGCUCUGUACAGUAUUAUUCAAUGCUUCAGUGUCGCCCUUCUCUACUCCAUUGGCAGCAACCUGGGCGACUUCCAGUUUCUCUUCAUCGAUAUGGCUAUCAUUCUUUUAAUUGUCUUCACUAUGAGUUUGAAUUCUGCAUGGAAGGAGCUUGUCGCCCGGAGACCUCCCUCCGGUCUCGUCUCAGGUCCUCUCCUCUUCUCAGUUCUGACCCAGAUUUUAAUUUGCCUGGGUUUCCAGAUCAUGGCCUUCCUCUUGAUCCAAGAAUUGGACUGGUACUCAGAACCAGAUUUCUACAACUGCUCUGCUCCGCAUCACAUGGAUAACGCCACUGAAGAAGAAGAAGAGGCUGAAGACACAAUCAUGAGCGAUGUGAACACCACUCUCUUCUUCGUCUCCUCUUUUCAGUACCUCAUUGUUGCCAUUGUUUUCUCCAAAGGAAAACCCUUCCGGCAGCCCAGCUACAAGAACUGGCCAUUUGUACUCUCUGCUUUAAUUCUCAUCGGUUUCCUGUUUUUCAUCUUGUUUGUCCCAAUCUCUGGAAUUUAUGAAUUUUUAGAGAUUGUAUGUGUUCCUUUGAGCUGGCGUGUGUAUGUGGUGCUCAUCGUGCUGGGGAACACCCUGGUGUCUGUCUUCAUCGAGACUGUCGUGCUUGACGUCAUCUUAUGGAAGCAUGUGUUCAGCAGAGACAAGCAGGGCAGCUAUGGCGUCUCCCCUGCAGGCCCGACACCACAGGUAGGAAUAGACAUGUUUGGAACGAAAUGGCUCUCCUGGCUCUGCUGCCGGCAGAAAAAAGUGCCCAAGGCUCGGUACAUGCACCUGGCCCAAGAGCUGAGCGUGGACCCUGACUGGCCUCCCAAACCUAAGAGCACUACUGAAGCCAAACCCUCCUCUGAUGCGGAUGACUGCUCCUACCAGAUCGAGGCCGUUUCCUAGCGUUUCAACCGACACACUCAUUACCGCAGGUCUAAACCACCUUUAAACAAAUGAAUUGAUUUUGUUAAAAGAGAUAGGAAAGACACCAAAAAACCUGCAAAUGAGAGUUUGUAUUAGCACCUCAAAGAUAUCUUUAGGUGAUUCAACGUCUCUCUUCUUUGAUUUUUCUUUUUUUUUUUUUCUGCUCAAGAUUAUAAUUUUUUUAGUGGGCUGGGCUCGCAGGCUGGGAACUGUGGAAGCCCCGCCCACACGGGAAUUCGGUUCGUCACCGCUAUCCCCUUAAGACAUCAAGUAGACCGCAAAAUGAUUGAACUCUACCAAAUGUGGCUCUUUGCGUCACCUUCUCCAUGAUUUCAUGGACCUGGUGGCUCUCUUACGGAUAUCAGCUCUUCACUGGAUUUUAAGCGAUGUCCUGUUAUGUAGUCGGUAGCGCAUCAUCUCCACAGGCUGCGCGGCAGAGGCUGCAUGCGAACGCUUUGAAACCAUCGCUGCAUGCAGAACAAUCCAAACUUUAGUGGCUCACAGAAUCCACAAUCCAGCUUCAUUACCAGCCAGCUCUAUUUAGAUCUAUAGAAUUACACAUGCUCUUUACUUUUCAUAUCUCUUCCCAUGGAAGAAUCGGGGCAGGGAGAGGAAGUGAGGAAGGCUAAACAUUGUGAAAGUCAUUUGUGUUUUGUUCACCUCUCCCAACGCAGUGUCCAGUGAUAGGGUUUGAUUUGGUCCAUCCUGAAACUUAUUACCAAUUUUUGUUGAAAACUGUGUCAGAGGUCCUGGUUUAUUCAGCAUCAUCAUAUUUGCAAUGAGGCAUUUCUAAGAGUUGCAUUGGGAAUCGGCUGGAAGGGGCUCAUGGCGCAUUGAUUGUUCACAUAGAAAUUUAGGGCACAUUCAUUAGGAAAAUGUACAAAUGAUAGAGCUUUAAACUGGAGUCUUUGUUUGAAAUAGGGGACUAUCUGAAAAUUGUAUUUUCUCAUUUUUCAAUCCAAAUCAAAUCAUGCUCCCAAUGAAAUCACUCAAAAUUGGCCAGAUGACAGUAUUACUUGUGCAUGACUUUUUAACGGUUUUGCUGCUAAUCUAUGAAAAAAGCAACUUUUCAAAAAAAUCUGAAGGUUCGAAAUGUUGCAGAUGAUCCCUUUCAUUCUUUCAAAUAUGUUUUACUUGCAUAAUGUAUGCAGUGCAGUUCAACUAUCCCUAACUUUUGCAGGCUUGUCUCAGUGUAUGUUUUUUGGUUUAUUUGUUUGCUUUUUGAAGGAAAUAAUGUUUUAUAUAUAUAUAUAUAUAUAUAUAUAUAUAUAUACAUGCAUACAUACACACAUACAUACACACAUACACACACACACACACACACACACACACACACACAUAUAUAUAUCUGACAGUUUGUAUUGUUGCAUGUGGAGUUUUGGUCAGUCACUUAGGUUGGUGUCUUUUUUAUUUUAUUUUUUGUUUUGCAUUUUACACAAUUUCAAAUGGAAAAUGAUUAAUAGUAACAUUUCACUAUUAAAAAAUACAUUGCAUGUCUAUUGGGCUUCUCUUCAUUUAAUUAAUAACAUGUGAGGUAAUACAAUUAGUAAACAUAUUAAAGAUAUGUUUUACACAAACCUUAAAAUGUCCAUACAGUACAUCCUACAAUCUGAUCAAAGGUUUUCUUCCAUGUUUGCAUUUAUUUAUUGUUUGGAUUUCAAAUUGAUGUUGAUUUAUUUUACUGUACGGGCCAGUUUAAUCUGACAAAGGGCUGAAUCUGUCUCUGUAUUUAAUGCUCCAUUUCUGCAAUACUUUGGUACUGUUUGUUUUAUGAAAUGGUAUUGAUCAUCUUAAAUGAUUGCAGUGUGUUCUUUUCAUCUGUGUUUGUCCGAUUAUUGUAUUCCUAUGCUUGUUUCUUUCAUAAAUGUGUGUUUGCUGUGCAUUCCUUGAACGAGGCAACAAAAAAAUCACCUUGCUUUUUAUUGACCUGGGUGAGACGAUCAGUUACAUGAUGUAUCAGUUUUGUGAGCUAUCUCCUCAAAAUAUCUGCUCGCACCAUCUACUGACCCCGGAUGAUAAACAAACACAACAAUCUUUGUCUUUUUUAAAAAACCUGUAUGUCCUUAACUAAUGUGAACGUAAUACUGAAUGAUUUUGGGAUUGGAGAAUGUUAAAUUAUUUUCUUUUUUAAUUAUUGUUCUUGUUGAUGCUAAGUUUAUUUCAUUUUUUUAUUUAAAUAGUUUUGCUUUGCUUUCUGAACUGUGUGGUGUGGCAAUCAGUUUCUCUUCCUCUAGGAGGCAGUAGGUUGCUUGAGAACAUCAUUUAAUCCGGUCACAAUAACAGACCUGCACCUUAUGCGCAUUUCUUUUGUUUCUGUUCACUUUUCCACCUUCAAUACGCACUGAAAUAUGUUAUGUCGUUCGUUAUGGUCCAUAGCAAUCAUUUAUGUUUCAUUUGUUUUUUGCAAUGUCCAUGUCAUCUGUAUAUCAUAUCUGCAGUUCACACAGAAAUAAGUGUGUUUGAUUACUGGAGGUCAUUCAAUACACAAUGUUACUCCUUGCUUUCAUUUUGUACCGUAUGUCAUGCUCAUUUCCAUUUUCUGCUUCUUUUAAAGCUGGAGUGGUGAAUUUCCUCAGGGAAAUGUGUGUGUUUGUAAUGAUGAAUGCUAAAUGCUAAAUAAAUACGUCUGGAAAAGUCAUGCGAGUCAGAUUCUUGGAGAUGUUCAGUAAAUUCUAAAUCCCACCACGUUUUAUUUUUGUAGCGAUGUGAAUGUCAUAGCACUUUUUUAUACACAUGUAAUUUAUUUUUAAAAAUUGUAAGUUGUCCUGCUUUUCUCCCUUAUUAAAUGCUCUGUAAUAAAUGUCACAAACAGAAGUUUA